CAAUUUCGGAAGUGCUACAAGGUACAUGUUUUGGGGAUGUUUAGGGCGGCAGAAAACGAAUCGAGCGGCGCUCUGAUGGCCAGAAGCAUCCAAUCGUAACAGAGGCGGAAGAGUAUCGUCUGUGUUUCGAGGCUGACCCAUUUUCCGUUUCGCUUGCACCCGACACGUGCUCGUCACCGCCACUCCCAUGGGGAAGGCAGGAAUCGAAUCUACUACACACCAAGUGGUGGGGAACCGGCGUUCUGUGGCUUGGUAAUUAUGUUGCCGACGCUGCGUGCGCAUAAAAUUCUUGAAGGUUUCUCGUUCAUCCAACACCGAGCAUACCAGCACAUGCCACUGGCAUGUUGAACGAAGGACGAAGGGCAGAACAGCGCGAGUGAGAUUUCGCCAAACCCCUCUCAAGCCACAUGCAGUCGGUGUUGGAGUGCUGUAGGGUGCUGUACGUUACAUGUUGCUUAUUAAAACCUCCUCGGUAGAACGAAACAGAGUGGAUAUUGGUUCUACAAAAAGUGCUGAAUAGCGUGCUAUUUAAAACGUAUGCUCCAUUCGCCCCAGCUGCUGUUUACUUAACGCGUCGAAAUGGAUCAGGUGGAUGAACAACAACCGAAAACACCGAACCCUUCCCCAACCGACAGCGAUCUAACCGUCGACGACAAUCCACUGGAGAUGAAGCUGCCAUCCGGCAAAGGAAUGGGAAUGAAUUUGACCAACGGAUCUAGCGGAAUGCGUGGUGGAAACGUAGAACGGUGCGGUUCGCCCUGGCAGCGUAAGCAACUUGUUGAUGUGAAACCACACGGAAGCCUCGAUCUGAGUAAGCUGGGCAUGCGUCGUAACUCCAGCUACGGCAAGAUGCCAUCGGAGGCACCGGAGGCACGGGUACUCGUUAUCUACACCGGUGGUACGAUCGGUAUGAUGCGGAACGAGAAAAAUGCCCUGGAACCGAGGCCACUCGAGUUUGUGCGCAGAAUACGUCAGUACCCCAACAUGCACGAUGAUGUGUACGCAACGAAGCGGUACGGUCCAGCGAAAAACAUGGCCCCGCUAGUGCUGCCGUACGUCGAAGGUCAACAUCGGCGCAUUCUGUACCAGAUAUCGGAGUACGAACCGUUGCUCGACUCAUCCAACAUGACCAUCAGCGAUUGGGUGCGCAUUGCCACCGAUAUUCGUCAGUCGUACGAGUUCUUCGAUGGGUUCGUUAUUCUACAUGGCACGGACACUCUGUCCUAUACCGCGUCGGCCCUAUCGUUCAUGUUCGAGAAUCUUGGCAAGACGAUUAUCAUCACCGGCUCGCAGAUACCGAUCUUCGAGACGCGCACCGAUGGCAAGGAUAAUUUCAUGUCGGCGCUCAUACUGGCCGGUAACUACGUUAUACCGGAGGUGUGCAUCUUCUUCAACAGCCGGCUGUUCCGGGGUAAUCGGACGAUCAAGGUGAGCAGCGAAUCGCUGGACGCUUUCAAUUCGCCGAAUGCCGCUGCUCUGGCCAAGAUGGGCAUCAAUGUGGAGGUCGACUAUCGGGGUAUCUUUCGGCCAUGUACGGUCGACAAGUUCACCGUACAUCUGCAGAUGGAUGAGAACGUGGGGCUGUUGCGGCUGUUCCCUAGCAUCUCGGUGGCUACAGUGCACGCCUUCUUGCAAGCACCGAUGCGCGGUGUAGUCCUCCAGACGUACGGGGCCGGUAAUUUCCCCACCAACCGAUUAGAUCUAAUCGCAGCGCUGCAGGAAGCAAGUGAACGCCAGGUGUUGAUCGUAAACUGUACCCAAUGCAGCGAAGGAGCGGUAUGUGACCUCUACGAAACGGGCCGCCAGCUGCAGGAUGUCGGUGUGAUCCCGGGUUACGAUAUGACGCCCGAGGCCGCUCUCGCUAAACUAUCAUACGUGCUCAGCAAGCAAGAGUGGGAUUGGGAAACGAAGCAGAAGAUGAUGAAGAACAAUCUGCGAGGAGAGCUGACCUGCGAGAAACCACCGGAAAUGCAAGAAUACGAUUUGAUCGAUGCCGUCGCUCGAACACUUCACCUGACCUCGACAAAGGAACUGAGCCAACUCAAAUCCUCACUGUUUCCGGCCAUGGUCAACACAGCCGUACUUGCAGGCGAUUUAACGAAGCUAACAAACCUCAAAGGAUACGGUGCGAACAUGUCGGCCGAGAACUACGAUCACCGGACGGCAUUGCAUGUGGCUUGCUGUGAGGGUAACAUUGAAAUGGUGGAGUAUCUGCUGCAACAUGGUGCGGCUGUCCACAUUCGCGAUCGCUACGAUCGUACCCCGCUCGCGGAUGCAAUCAUGCAUGACCAUCAUCAGGCGAUACGGUUGCUGAUCAAGUGUGGUGCCCAUCUGACUGGGUCCAUCCGUGCCAUCGGAGAUAGUUUAUGUGCCGCCGCGGCUCGGAAUCAGUUGACACGCCUCGAAUCUUAUCGAAUCGCCGGAGCGGACCUGUCGCAGGAAGAUUCGACCGGCCGGACUGCGCUACACGUGGCCGCCAUGUAUGGUCACGUGGAAAUGGUACAGUAUUUGGUGAAAAACUACGCGGAAGUUAAUGCGAUCGAUUACCUCGGUCUGACACCAUUAGACUAUGCGCUGAAGGUGAACUCCGACGCUGUUGUAAACGUGCUGAGCGAGCACGAGGCACGUCGAGGCGAUGAGCUAUCGUUUGAGACGAUGGAGAAGAGACCACCGAUAACGGAAUCUUUCGAUUGAAUGGCCAAAGGCACACGCUUACGUACAGUCUACGUGUACGCUAGGUCACGAGUGUAAUGUAAACAGUUUGUGAUAAUUGAUAAGAAAUAGAGAUCUAAUAAAUAGCUGAACG